AUGGGUGCAACCCUGCGACGAGGAUUGACUGACGACACCGUCGAUCCCCUCUAUGCACCUCCUGAGUUGAAGCUCAACAGGAAAUAUCCUUGGAGUUUUGAUGUCUUCUGCGUCGCAGUGACUGCUCUACGGGCACUUAUUCCUGCUUUCAGCAAAAGCACGACUCAGCUAAGAAAGAUGAUGGAAGAAGAGCUUCCUGAAGUUGACUAUAACUUUGAGCAAUGGUACCUCAACCACAGCAUGUUCUCAAGAAACUUGGACCGGUUUGGGCUGCAACCCUUCAUUCUGUUGAAAUUUUGA